GACUAUCUCGCUCUGUCCCUUGGGCUUUGGCCGUGGGAGUUUUCUAUUCGUGCACCCUUUUUCUCCCGGCUUCAUCCUCUUUCUCCCGACAGCUCCGUUUCAUCGCUGCUUCUUUGUGUCGCUGGCGGCUUCUGUUGUUUUUUUGUUUGUUUCCCCUCGCCCGCCCGCGUAUUCAUCCUCGUCUUCGUCUUCCUCAAAACCUAUCUUCCUCUUCGUCCGCGUGAGCUGGAGCCGGCAUACUCUCCGCAUUUCUCCUGUCCGAAUUGGCUUUCUGUGGAUAAGUCUGAUCAUUCACUAGGGCCAAUGCCCUCAGAAUCGUCUUCAUCCUCGCCCUGCUUCGUUACUCCUCAUGAAUACCAUCGAGCACCGGGCUUCGACGACAUCGCCUACCCGGAAUGUCUGUGGCUUUACCGUCAUGUAUCUGUAACGCAAAGGUGUUGUCGAUUUAACAUUCUCGAUUGCUCUGCGGUGCUGACCUUUUCUUCCCUCCCUCCUCUGAAGUAGCACACGAUGUUUUCUUCGGUGUGGAUCGACUUCCGCUGCGCUAUCUUGGCGAGUACACCCGCUGGGUCGACGUUGGCUGCAAUAGGUUUCCUUCCUCUUUGUUCAAACUGUUUUUGGGUCUGAAAUAGCGGUUCGUCGUCUCCGUAUCCGGUUUCCAGUUC